AUGAAGACAAUUCUUAUUCUGGUUGUUCUCUUCUCGUUGUUUGGUGAGGGGGUACCACAACAGUGGAGACGCUUGACUUCUGAAGAAAAUCAAGAGCUUCAGAGAUUCUGUGGAUCACGACCAAUGAUAAAGAGUAUGAAAAGAAAACUUACCAACUCCGAAUUUAUAUCCAGAACCAAAGCACCGUGGACUGUCAUGAUCCAUACUCCGGGGUGGGUGUGCUCCGGAACACUAAUUUCCCAAAGACAUAUUCUCACAUCUCGAGUCUGUAUUCUAACAAAUCUCGCUCAGACGAAGGACCAUGAUGAUGAUGUUUUUAUGGGAAAAUGUAUCAAUGACGAUUUUGUGAUCUACUUCUCCGGACAUUCGUUGCAAAUCACAUUGACCAAACCUAUUGUGAUCAAGGAUAGUAAGAUCAUCCUGUUUGACAAGUGUAAAGAAAAUGACGACCGACAAUUUGAUAUGGCUCUCAUUGAACUGGAAAACGACUUGCAAUUCACCAAUGAAAUUCAUCCAGCUUGCAGUGUAUCACGACAAGUAUCACCAAUUGUAAUUGGAGAUUUACUGGAAAUCAACUCUUAUGGAAGUACCGAUUACGAAUCAAAAAUACGGAAAAAUAUCGGAAAACUUCGAAAAGGACGUGUCGUGUAUCGUGGCUAUCAAUCGGAUGAUCGUUAUUUCCUGGGCGACAACGGAGGUAGUGUGAUGUCCACAACUCUGAAACUGCACACCUUAAUAGGUGUAUUGAAGUCCAACCGCAGAGAUUAUAAUUCCGGAGUUCAAGUAUCAUCUGUUGCAUACGCAAGCAAGAAAAUUUGUCAAUAUUCUGGAAUUUGUUAA